AUGGCUCCCAGGAGGAAACGCGCUGCUGUAACGCCCACAAUAGCAGAGGAAGAAGUCGAAGUUCCUAAGGUUGACACUCCGUUCGUCGCAUGGAUGAAGGAGCAGGAAGCUGCGGGCAUAAGGAAGGGCCGACUCGUAGGUGUUACCGAUCACCGUGCUCCACACGUCACGACCGCAUCGGCGACGUUCUCGCCUUCUGUGGACGGUGGUGGUAUUGGCACUGAUGUUGACAACGACAACUACGAUGGCCUUGAUGCGGCGGACAACGUGGACAGUGACAUCGACACAUACUACGACUCGGACGGGUACACCGGCGCCGACGUUGUCGAUGAUACGGAGGGCGGAGACACGCCUGCUGAGGAGGCUGGGUCGUCGCGUAAAGGCAAGCGUAAGGUGGCGCCUGGUCGAUCGAAGAAAUCGCAUUGGAGCGAGGAAGAGCUUACCGAAUUCGCUGCGGCUAUGUGGUUUUGCAAGGACGACUUCGACAAGAUGAAAGGCAAACAAGGGGCGCAGCCAUGGAAGAAGCUUCGUCGCGUGUUACGCGAUGCCAACCCCAAGUGGCGCCGCCCGUCGGACUCGAUGAUGAAGCAGUGGCCGCGGUUGAAGGCGAGGAUGGAGGAAAUCAAGUUGGCGGAUGCGACCUCGGGUAACUCGUUGAUGCCAAAGCCCGAGUGGUUCGACUUCGUCUUCAACUGUUGUUUCGCCGAUCGCGCCCCGAAUCCGCACAUGGUGGACGAGGGAGGCACGCGCACUCAGCACGCUGUCCCGGGUACCUCCACGCCUGUGGUCCCGGCUUUCGUAGCCCCCAAUGGUACCCAGCCCGCGCCUGCAUCGGUUGGGCCUGCUGCAGCCACUAAUGAAGGUCCCAAUGCUUCUCCGGCCCGCAUUGCUGUGAGGAGGCGGUCCAUGGAGUCGCCUGCAUACGCGGGGCACCUCUUGGUCGCUGACACGAUGACAAGGAUCGCCGGCCAACGGGCGGCGCGGCAGGCCGCAUCAAUGGACCGCCUCAUCUCUGUCCUUGAGCGCAUCGCGGUGCCGCCACCUCCUGUCCCCGUCGCCCCAACCCAGCCCCCGGUCUCCACACCCCGGAACCCUAACGAGUCCCCACCUAAUCGUGCUCAUUUUGAUGCGCACACCUCGGCCGGCACGCCGCCUUCUCACACGGCGUGGUACAACCCCACGAUGCAGACCCCAUUUGCAGCGCCACGACCCGCUGGCGUUCCAGCAACCGUGCAGCCCCCUAUGAUCCCGCCCGGCCACGACAUGUCAACGGCGCGUCAGCUAUAUGCAGGGGCGCAGCCCGUGGUCGCCAUGGACAGCAAUGGGAACUGGUUCUUUACUGGCUCCCCGUCUGGACUGCACGGCCCGAAUUGCCGCCUAAGCCAUGCCGAGUGGAUAUGCACGCCGAAAUGGCGGCGACGGGCCACAGCAGCAUCUCUGGUCCGGACUGGUGAGGGCUCCCAAACGAAGCGCUGCACGCCUGGGCGCUCCCACCAGCGGUUGGGUCGUCGAGAAGUGUAG